AAGUUAGUGCGGGCUAAAGGUCAUGGUCUGGAGUUAAACAAAGAUGGCGUUUCGUAACCGAGUGAGAAACCCCCGUUUGCAAGCGCGUAUUUUUCUCCCAAGGUGGUUUGUAAAAGUCGUAAGGCCUGGAAAAGACAUACCGGAUGAUACCGUACAACUUCAUGUUCCAUUAGACAUGUCAAAGAUAGACAUAAAGAAUUACAUGGAAAAGAUUUAUAGUGUUCCAGUUGCAAAAGUUCAUACAAGAAUACAGUCAGGUAAAGUUAAGCAGUUCGUCUACGGAAAUGAUGUCGUGAUAAAAAAAACUCCUGACAUCAAAAUAGCUUAUGUUAUGCUGCGCGAAGGAACAUUUAAAUUUCCCGACAUGUUUCCGGAUCUUAGUCCAGUAGAAUCCGAAGAUCACGAAGGUGACGAAUUAAAAGAGACUUCAGAGCAGAAUGCUGCCAUUCCCAUGGCUAGAUGGUUCAACACGUGAAGAAAAACCAUUAAAUUUCGAAAUGACAGGAAGAAUUCUUCAGCGGAGAAGUAGAAAUGUCAUGCGACAUGAAAACGACAAUAAAAUGUUUGUGAUAGUAACGAUAUGUAUAUUUUUUUUGAAAAUGUAAAUACAAGAUAUAUUGAUUGCUCAAUAUAAAUCAUUCCUAUAA